ACACACGCCAUGCCGCAGCCGACGUCGGAAGAGCUCCGCCGCUCCGAGCACCAGCGGCUGCGCAACCGGCUCAAGCAGAAGCGCCACCGCGACCGGUUCACGACCGAGCGCAGCCAGCUACUCGCACGCAUCGACGAUCUGCGCGCCGUGGUCACGCGGCUGGAGGCACGCAAGCCGCCCAAGACGUCGUUGCCGUGGAAGAUCAUCGCUGGCGGCCUGGCACAGGCCAGUGUCGAAUCGCGCCUGACGCUUGAGGUGUUGCGCCAGCGCGCGGACGCGCUCGACGACCUUGCGCGCGCGAUGGCGGCGUGGGUCGCGGCCGCGAGCACCAAGCAUCCCGUGCCGGGUGGCAGCAACGUCUUGGCCUGGAACCAAGUGACGCUGCACGCUGAGCCGACGACGCGGAAGCUCGGUCUCGACUGGUUUACGCAGCACAUGUACUACAACACGGACCGUAUUCUGGCGGCAGCGGCUUUUCCGUCAAAGGGCACGGUCCGAGACAUUGCAGUUCUUGGCUCGGCGGCCGACGACCUCCUCCACGUGCUCGGGCGUAUUCAGAUUGAGUUCGACGCGCCGCUGUGGGCAACGUACGCUGCGCUCGAGAGCAAAAUCUGGCGUAAAUUGCGCGGGGAUACGUACCCGUGGGUCUCUCAAUUCCUAGACGAAGAGAUGACGCAAAGCAUCGAUCCCAAGAUGGUCUACAGGCGGUCGCCGAUGGAUGCAGACGAAAGCAACUACUACGUGAGCCGCGAGUUUGCCUCGCAGGACCGUAUUGUCUUUUUGACGGGCAAUUUCAACCAAGACGCGCUCCAGCCCGUCAACGAAAUGUGGCGACCCCGCAUGUUUUGGUUUCUUUUGGAACGGGUGGGGCCGUCUAAAACCCGGCUACGCUGGGUCUCGUGCACGGGCCCCAGGAUCGACCGUGGUGUGCCGAUGACGUGGCGCGAGGACAUGGCGUCGUUGGACUUGGACGUAUCUGAUCUUUCGGACGACGCGCAGUUUACACAGUAUCAGCACGUCCUCGAGCGUAGUUGGAUGCCGCUUCUCGUUAGCGACUUUGCCUUUUUGGCGAAUAACGCCGACGCGACAGACGCGGCGCCGCUGAUAACUUGAUACUACUGUACCGCAGAGCAACGUUAAUGGAGUGC